AUGCCAAAUCAAAUCUGAGUGGCAUCAGCGACAUAGCCACACCCAUCCUGUCUGCUCUUGCUCUACGCCGCUUUCAGAGGCACGCGCUGCGAACGCGUCUCUCCGCCAAUUUCGCGUGUAUUCACUCUCAAAACAUGAGCACGGCGUCUUCAUCCAAGAAACGUGCCGCCUCACAGUUGGACGGCGGGGAAGGCCCCACUUCGAACAAAGUUCCCAAAGUGCACCCGUUCUUCUCCAAGACAAAGUCGCCGGCCGUUGCCGACUUGAGCGGCCCGCUGAAGUGGUUGACGCCCCUGGGAACCAUCGGCUCUUGCCUACAUGCGACGCAUCUAGAACCUACACCCUCCGCACGGAUAGCCGCGUUUGAUCUCGACGGGACGGUCAUCGCGUCGCUCCCGUUUUCAGCCCCACCGCUGCAAUGGCACUGGUGGAAUAAGUGUGUGCCGGCCAAGUUGACCCAAGUUGCGGAGGAGGGGUACUCGAUAGUGCUCAUAUCGAACCAAGGCGGCCUCAAAUCCGCGUCAAAAGCCAACAAGUGGAAAGAGAAACUGGGGCUGAUCGCGGCGGCGAUUCCGGACGUUCCAUUCCGACUUUUCGCCGCUACGGCCAAAGAUAGGUUUCGAAAACCCAUGAUCGGAAUGUGGGAAGAACUGGAAAGGCUGUACACGGCCGACGGCGUCCAGAUCGACAAGGAGGGUUCAUUCUUCGUUGGCGAUGCGGCAGGCCGCGUUCAUCCAAACGGCAAGAAGAAAGACUUUGCAUCGACGGAUCGAAAAUGGGCCCUAAAUGUUGAGAUCCAGUUCUACACACCAGAGGAGUACUUUCUGAGCCAGACGCCCGAUACUCAGUUUGCGCUGCACGGUUUUAGUGUCUCCAGCUUGCCUAGUGCUCUUCCUUUGUUCGCCCCAUCCUCGACACCCCUGCUUCCCGACAACCCGACACAGGAGCUUGUCCUGUUCGUCGGAUAUCCAUGUCUAGGCAAAACCACGCUGUUCCGGAAACACUUCGAACCAGCUGGAUACAUCCACAUCAACCAGGACGUACUUAAAACGCGGGAGAAGUGCGUCAAAGCAGUGGACACUGCGCUGGCUGAGGGUAAGAAGUGCGUCGUCGACAACACCAACCGGGACGCCUCCACACGCAAAUAUUACAUUGAUGCCGCCAAGAAACGUGGUGUCCCCGUGCGCUGCAUGGUAUUUACAGGCUCUUAUGACCUGGCCUGGCAUAACAAUCUCUACCGAGCCUAUGGACUACCUGCCUCCGUCAUAUCGCGCGAGGUAGCGCCGUCUGCCUGUGCAUGCAAUCCCAAUCUAAUUCACAUCGAACAGCCUGCCCGUGAACUACUGCCCAUCGGAGCAUUCACAACGUUCCGGGACAAGUUUGAAGAACCGGACCUGUCAGAGGGCUUCGCACAUAUCAUAUCGAUCAACUGGACAUUCGAAGGGACGGAUGAUGAAAAGAAGGCGUGGUCGAGAUGGCUGCAGCUGGAUGAUCCCAAAAAGUGAUAAUGGGAUUGAUUUUCAAGUAAUGUAUUAAUUCAUUGGGCGUCUAUCCGGGCCAUACUGUAUUGGUCGGAUCACAGAGCAAUUUGUGGAGUUGGUUAUCAUGUGGACCUAAACAGUAGGGCAACGAGCCAAAACAUUCCCGCUAGCCGAUUUGUACGACUGACCUCGUCAUUACUAGUGACGCGCUCUACCAACUGAGCUAAGAGGGACAUGUGUUAGGGGUCUUGGUACUCAAUAGCAUCUGAUAGACAACUCUUC